GCAAUGUGCCCUUUGUGUAAUUUUAAGCGGAGUACUAAAGAUAUUGCUGGAAGAGAAAUUAAGUACAGAGUAACCGCUCAGGACAUAAGGAGGGAGCUUGGCAUGUCUACCUUCGAGGAAGGGGAGCUGAAAUUGGCAACGAUAACUCGGAAGUGUGAAAAAUGUGGCAACGAUGAAUUCGAGUAUACUCGGAAGCAGAUGAGAUCGGCAGAUGAAGGGCAAACUACAUUUAUGACUUGUACCAAAUGCAGGGAUACUAUUACGGAAAACUAACUGUAUGACUUAUCAGAUUAUUAUGCAAUUUUGAAUCUGCGGGAGGCUUUGUACC